CCGGCAAAGCGGGGGCCGCGCGCCGGACCACCGCGGUAGACACCAGGUUCAGGAGGCGGCUCGCGCGACACUGUGUGCCGACGAAUCUGUUUAGUAGUGCUGCGUAGUAGGCGCCCGACAGCCUCUCCCUGCAGUAGGGGUGGGCUCUUUUUACGAAUCUUCCGAACACUGGCGUAUUUCUGUUCCCUUCGCCACCGAUGAAGGUCAUCAACGAGGACAGACCGAAAAGGAAAGACGGCCGCAACGCGACGCCCGAAUGCCUGCGCUUCAGAGGCAGGACCUACCUGCUGACCACCAGGUCGUCUGGCUGCAGCGGGCAGCAGGUGGCCAAAUCCGCGCCGUGCACGCCGCACGGCGACCGCGACAGGGAGCGGCUGGCGCCAGCCGCCUCCGCAGCCGCAGCCGCUGCCUGCGACCGCGACCUGCCCUCGCCGCGCACGCCCAGCCACGGACACUCCUUCACCCGCCAUGACAGGCAGCUCAAGCAGCUGAGCGUCAGCGCGCCCGCCAUGACGCACCACCAGCAGGCGAUGGCUGCCGCCGCCGCAGCCGCCGCGGCCAGGGGCUCCUCCGAGCAGCCGUCCGUCGCCUCGGGUUCGCCGGAGCCGGCACACUCCUCCAAGUACCGCCAGAAGAAGUUCCACCGGCACUUCAAGCAGGUCGCCGCCGAGGAGUACGUCCUCAACUAUUAUUCCUGUGCUCUGGUUGGUGAUAUACUUCUUCAGGGUCAUCUGUAUAUUACCAAGAACUAUUUUGCAUUCUAUUCCAAUGUGUUUGGAUAUGUUACAAAGUUGCUCAUUCCCACAGUAUCAGUAACGAAGAUCAGUAAAGAGAAGACCGCAUACAUUAUACCAAAUGCUGUUGGCGUUUCCACUGCAGAAGGAAAGCACGUGUUUGGCUCUCUGCUAUCACGGGAUUCCACCCAUCGACUAAUGACGCAAGUUUGGAAGGCAGCUCAGCAGCCUGACCCCCAGGGAAACUUGAUUCCUAUUGAACAGGUUAUGAAAGAUGAGGUGGAUUCAGCAAGUGGAGAUGUGAAAGAUGAUGAUGAUUCAUCUGUUUCUGGCAGUGAUAGAUCUUGUGCUCCAUCAUCUCUUGAAUGCGACACAAACAUAAAUCAGCCAGAAGCAGGCUGUACAAAACUACCAAAUGGCAACCUUGUAAUUGGUGGAAAGCACAUAAAGCUGCCAGUUAAAUCUAGCCCCAAGCAUGCAAUAGUGGGCUUGCCUCGUUCUAAAUGGCUGCUCAUUGUUUCGACUGGACUGCUUGUACUGCUGUUCUUAUCUGCUGCUUUCUUACUGUAUCGAAUUUCGAAAAUACAGAGCCAGUUCACAGAGCAUCCACUUAUAACAACAAGUGAUGAAGUAUACCAAGAAAUUUUGAAGUGGCAAAGUCAGCUUCAUUCUAAAUCAGUUAAUGAAGUUCAAGAAUUUCUGAGCACUAACUUGGACCAGUUGGCAAAGGUGCGCCAGUCACUGGAAGCUCUAUCUUUACUAAUAGUAUCAGAGGGAGAACAAUUACAGCAGUCGCAACAGCAGUCUCAAGAGCCAAUGCAUUCAGAGCCUGCUGGCAAGCAGCAGACUCCCACUCUUCCCCACGACAAGCAUAGUUAGCAGAGGCUGUACCCCAACCAUUCUGAGGCCACAGCAUUGUCUGGGGUCUGAUGAUGGUGGUCGACAUGAUCUGCAUGUUACUGUCUACUUGCCAUGCUGUCUUGGUGUGUGUUUGUUCCUGAUCUCAAGUUUGGGACACAACAAAAUUAGUGCAAGUGCAAGUAUAUUAAAUGUAUAAGACUAGCCAUUGUGUUUCAUCCCACAUUGCACUUAUAGGAUUGUGAUAUUCUGCCAAUACAUGAAGUCCUAUUUGUGUUAUUUACUGGUAUCUGACGUUUUCUCAUUAAGCUGUUCAGAAAAUAGCUGGAAACACCUCAAGAGAACAUGAUAACAAACAUUGUCUGUGAUACAGGGAUAAGUGAAAGAUGUCGGAAAGUAGUUACGUUAUUCGCUUACAUGCGACUUCAACUACAUAUAUCCUGGAACUUCUGUAACACAAAAUAAAGUUCCUCUACAGUUACUUGUUUCAACUAUUCAAUAUUGUGAAAUUAAGCUGUGUUUGUACUAGAAAGUUAUGGAUCUGUAUGCCGGAAAAACAACUAUAGAUCUAAUUUUGUGAUGACCACAAAAUAUUUAUUUUAAUUUUCUAAAUUGUAGGCCUGAGAUGCAGAGUAUAUGUGCAAGAAGUGAUGGGUACCACUUGUUAAAGCGUUAUUAGUACUUUUAACACACUAGUGCUACAGAUAUUUUCAGUCAUGGAUUUCACUUAAUUAGAACUGAGAAUAGAAAAGGAAAAAUUAUAAACAGAUUAUGUAAUUUUUUAUCUGUUUGAAUAUUGUGUGUAUGCAGUUAUACAAGAAAAAAUUAAUCACGAUUGCCUUGUCUGAAUUUGCACUUUCAAAUUAAAGCAAACGUAUAAAUUUAAGGCUACUAAGUUGGCCUUCCAAAUUUUAUCUCACUGUCUAUUGCAUUCUUAGAUGAAAUAUGUUUGAUCAUAACUGCAAGAUGGCACAAAUGUAUCAAAGGUGAAAUAGUGACUUCACUACCUUAAGUUUUACACAUUAGCUUUAUUUUCUGAAAAUAGUAUUUUAAAAAUCUACAAAAUAAUCUGUGCGCUGUGUGCAACAAAAAGUAACAUAAGUCAACAUCAGUUGCAGCCUCAUAAAAUUGAGAUUUUUAAAUGCAGUUCUCUUUGUGAGAAUACUUGCCUGUAGCGAUUUUAAAUCGGCUGCUGCAAUUUGUAUUUCUGCCACAGUAUAAUGCUAUAGAAAGCAAGUUUGGAGAAGUGAGAAAUUAGCCUGAAAUUUAAGCAUGUUAAAAGUUCUAGAAACAGGUCAGUUGUUGAAUGACUGCAUGUUAUAAGUCGUAUUAAAUCUUGAAAGUUUCUUUUGUUUGCUGAGAUGUAGUUCAUCAUAUGCAGCAGUUCAUGAGGUACUACUUGUCGUAUACAAUUUUGUCUAGUAGUUUCCAAUUAUCCACAUACAGGAUAUUUGUAUCUUUGAGUUUCUAGAUGAAAAACUAAAACUGUCCAUUCAUGGAGAUACAGCUUAAGCCAGCAUUCCAUUCAGAAUAGUAUUAUUUGCCUCAGAGGAAAAAGCAGUUAAUUUGUUCAUAUUAAAUAAGUGCAGCUGGAUACAAAAUUUUGACUGAAAUCACACUAGUGUGAAAACAACAUAAACAUCAGGCUCUUGAAUUUGCCAAUAAUUGUAUCCACACUAACUGUAACCUGUACCUAAAGAUAACUUGAAAAAUCUUAUACAAGUACCAACACCUAUUUAUUCCGUGGAACAUGAAAUUUUGCACAUUUGAGAAACUGCUACAAGCAAUAGGAAAUGUUCCUGUAACAUGUGGAAAAACUAAAAUGAUAAGUCGUACUUACUGACUUCAGUACUAUCAAUCGAACAUAUUGUUAUUCAAACUGUUGUUUGUAGUUCUCGUUGGAGGACACAUUUGCCAAACAGAAUAUGAAAAUGUGACUGUAAAAAGGUCUCAUCAGUAAGAUGAACUGAGUGAAAUAAUUUAAUUUUAUUGUUUGUAUCAUUGACUGUAGACACAGUGGGUGUUUUAUGUGUCUGUCUUAUUUAUUUAUUUACUGUAAAUAAAUGUUAAACACUUGUAAAUAAGAAAAAGUGGCACUGGUGCAAAUAUUUUUUGUUAUGAUUUUAUGAAUUUGAAAUGUGUUGGGAAGGUUGAUUGUGUAUUGUGGCAUAAAUUUGUGCAAGAUAUGUCCCUUUAUGUCAUGACUAUAUAUUCCUCACAUUUUCAAACAAAUUUUAUCUGUCAUCAGCUAUAUAUAUUUUCUGUGGUAAACUGGGGAAAGAUUGUACUGUUUAAUGUUUUGGACAGGAAUUGAACUGUAUGCCUUAUGCUGUAUUGCUAUAUAUAAGAAAAUCUUUCCCCAGGUCCAGCAAAAUUUAAAAUAUCCAUAAAGAAAUUAAAUCAGGUUAGUACUUUGUAUUCUGGAUACUCAGUCAAAUGUUAAUGUUUUUUCUUCAGUGAAUGUAAAUUUCUAACAGGAAGUCAUAAUUACUUCUGUUAUUGCUACCUUCAUAAUGAUUCAUAAGUAAGGAACUGCUCUAUCCCAUAC